AUGGAUGUAUUCCAUCAUCAGCAGGAGCAGCAGCAGCAGCAGCAGCAGCAGGUGCUGGCUGAUGCGGCCCUUGAGCCAGCAGCUGUCACCCCUUCCCCCUCCACCAACCAACUCCGCUCUGGUGGGAUGAACAGACGGCGCUGCCAUGCGAUGACCAUCCAGCCACGCCUGUGCGAUUGCGGAAGCAGCCACACCAACUCACACCACAACACAAACAAGCAAGCGAUGAGCAACUCGCUGUUUGUCUUCCCCUCUUUCUCGCCCUCCCUGACGGCCAUCACAACAACAACAACAGCAGCAGCAGCCAACACACCCUCCACCGCCGAUGCAGCAGCAGCAGAGAAUGCACCACCUCCACCACUUGCAGCUGAACACAUCCCUCCGACCAACCAACCAGGCAACCAACCAACCCAUCGCCCGCUGCUGCUGGCAGAAGCUGGCUGUUUGCUGCUGGGGGAACAGGUGGCGACAGCACAAGUUGCGUUUUCCGCUGGAAGCGGCAGCAGCAGCAGAGCAUUAGCAGCAGUGGCAGCAGCGGUGUAGCUGCGCACAUAUCCAUGCCCCCUACCUUCCCACUCAAUCACUCACCAUGCUGGUGCUCGCACACAAACACACUUACAGGCGAUGCGCACAAUCAGC